AUGAAGACCUCAACGCUCGUAAUUUUGGUCAUCGCUUUGGUGCUCAUGAUUUCUCUUACCUCGAUGGCAGAGUCUGAAGUUAUGAACGAAAAACGCCAGUAUGGUGGGGGUUCUGACUCCACCACUAGCCCCA